AUGCGGCUCUUUGUCCUUACAGGUGCCAUCGGCUGUGGGAAGAGCACCUUUGCAUCAUUCCUUAAUAAGAACGGGGUUGCAAUUAUCGAUACAGAUGUGCUAUCUCAUCAAGUUGUCGAGCCGGGGAUGCCGGGGCAUGCAGCUAUUCUGGCUCAGUUUGGCCCAUCCUUCUUUUCUGAGAAUGUCCUGGACAGGAAAAAGCUUGCAGAUCACGUAUUUUCUGAUGCUACUGGUGACCUGAGACGUAAGCUGGAGCAAUGCACGCAUCCCUACAUCAACUCCAUGGUCAGUCAGCAGCUCAGGCGUAUAUUUUUGAGACAGAAGCAAACAAAAGGAGUCCCUACUGAUUGCGUGGUGCAUGCCUCACCAAAGGCUGUCUGUGUAGUCAUUCCACUCUACUUUGAGGUAGGUCUAGAUAAGCGUGGUCUUCUAUCAGCAGCCCCCGUGGUUGCCUGUGUAUUGAAAAGUGUGGAUGUGCAGAUCGCUCGCCUCAAGAGUCGGAGCUGCCUUUCUCUAGACGAGCAGGAGGCUCUUGCUCGCAUUUCUCACCAAAUGUCCAUGGAAGAAAAGGCUAGCAGGGCAUCGUAUGUUGUUGAAAAUGACGGACCAAUAGAAGAACUAGAAGAGCAUGCUGGUUACUUUGUUACCAGCGUCAUGCCAAAGCUAAAAAGUAGGCGCAUCGCUUUACCAACCAUUAUACACCGUUAUUUCGAGGAGGGAUUCUGGAAUCUAGUGCUGGAGGUAGUUCUCCUACUCAUUAUUAUUGCAAGGCUGGUAUACAAAGCUAGAUAUGGAGGAAAAAGCCCCCUCAUGUACGUCCUCGAUAAAAUAAGAAAACCGUCAGAUGGCGACAAACGUGAGUAA